AGAUGUUCUUUCUUCGUUCCUUCAUCCCUAACUGUUGUUGUUUAUUUUAUUCAAUACCUGGCUUAUUUUGGGUAUCAACAGGUUGAAGAUCUGCAACAAUGUAUGUUCAGUUUUACAUCAAUGAAAAUGGUGAUAAAGUUUACACUACCAAUAAAGAAUCACCGCUUGGGCUGGCAACGCAAUCUGCUCAUCCAGCUCGGUUCUCACCUGAUGACAAGUUCUCGAGGCAAAGAGUUCUUUUGAAGAAGCGUUUUGGGUUACUGCCAACCCAGAAGCCACCACCAAAAUACUAGCAUAUAUCCCAGGCUUUAUACUGUUCUUGGCAUCUCCCACUUUAAAACCCUCUUUGAGUGUAAUGAAGGAUAUAAAAAGGUAUUUAGAUGAAACAAUGGUUUACUGGACAUAUUGAUGAGGCUACGAAUUGAAGAAUUUGAAGCUGAUAUGAAUUGUAUUUAGAUGGAGACCGAUAGUUGACUGGACACCUCAAUGAGAUUUAUUAUUGAAGAAUUUUAGCUCGAUCCUUCACUAGCUUCUCAGAAGUUUGCUUUUUCGAUGGGCAUUACAAUAUUAUGCUGUGUUUGGGUUGUUUUACCUAUAUAGUUUAUCCGAAGGCAUACUUUAGCUGAAUUGGCAUUUCUAGUCUUGUAGCAAUGUGACCUCUCACCUCUACGAGGUACAUGAAAAUGGGAAAAGGGCCUCACAUUCUGAAAUC